AUGACAUUUGAAGGACUAAAGGCUGUGGAGGAGUUCUACAAGUCUUAUGCACAUCACUCUGGUUUUGGAGUUCGUAUUGGACAACAAAGGAAGUUGGACAAUGAGAUAGUUCGUAGUAAACGUUAUAUGCGUAACAGGGAAGGAUUCAAGUCUGAAAAGGGUAAUGAGAUUAUUGAUCCAUCAGUGAAAAGACAUAAGAACACGGCCACAAGAUGUGGUUGUGAUGCACAUAUUUUUGUGAAGUUGUGUGUAACUGACGCCUACAAGAUAGAAUCCUGGGUUGAACACCACAAUCAUAGUCUCAUGUCACCUGAUAAGCAUCAUUUGAUCAGAUCAAAUCGUCAAGUUAGUGAGAGGGCAAAGAAUACACUGUACACAUGCAACAAAGCAAGCAUAGGCACCUGCCAAGCAUACAGGCUCCUCCAAGUCAGCGAGGGUGGAUUUUCAAAUGUUGGAUGCACGAAAAGGGACUUGCAGAACUACUAUCGUGACCUCAGGUAUAAAAUCAGAAAUGCAGAUGCCCAAAUGUUUGUGUCUCAGCUAGCUAGAAAGCAUGAAGCUAAUCCAUCAUUUUUCUAUGAUUUUGUGGUGAGUGAAGAAGGGAAGUUGAUGUAUGUGUUCUGGGUAGAUGCCACAACUAGGAAGAACUACAAGCACUUCGGUUAUGUGGCAUCCUUUGAUUCUACAUAUACUACUAACCAGUAUGACAUGAUCUUUGCACCAUUUACCGGAGUGAAUCAUCACUUACAGAGUGUGUUUUUUGGUGCUGCGUUCUUACUAAAUGAGAAGGCUGAGUCAUAUGUUUGGUUGUUUAAGACCUUCUUGAGGGCAAUUGGAGGUGUAGCACCGAAACUUAUCAUAACCGAUGAAGCUGGUAGCAUCAAGAAUGCUAGUGCUGAAGUUUUUCCAACCACCGCACACAGGUUGUGCAUGUGGCAUAUGAUGGAAAAACUUCCUGAGAAGAUUGGACCGUCGAUUAGAGAAGAAUCUGAAUUUUGGAAGAGAAUGAACGCAUGUGUAUGGGGUUCAGGAACCCCAACCGAGUUUGAGUCACAGUGGAAUUCAGUAAUUUCAGACUUUGGGUUGGAGGACAAUAAGUGGCUCACUUUAGUUGAAUUCUGGCUUAGGUUUGACACGGCUUUAGAAUGCCAACGUCAGGAGGAGUUGAUUGCAGACAAUUCAAGCAUACAUAGGAUCCCCCAAUUAGUUACACCAUGGGCAAUGGAGAAACAUGGUAGUGAAGUAUUCAAAUAUGAGGUGUUUGAGAAAUUUCAGAAACAAAUUAUUGCUUCAAGAGAUCAUUGUUGUGUUCAAGGCAUUGCACAAGAUGAGGGAAUAAAAAUAGUGACCUUCAAAACUGGUGCCAGGAGUGUUUACGAUGAACAAGGGAACCUGCUAGAAGAGAAGCCCACUGACUCCUUGGAUGCCGCUGCGAGGAAGAAGAUUUCAACAAUACGCAACAAGUUAGAAGAUCUAAUUUUAAGAGCCAAGCAAUCAGAUGAAGGCAUGGAGUUUUUAAAGUCGAGUGUGUUCAGCAUUAAGGAGCCCCUGGGCAAAAUGGUUCUUACAGCAGUCAAGCACACUAGGCAAGAGGAAUAUGAGGCAUUUAUUGGGUGCAACAUACCAACUCAGGUCGACAUACACCCACCAAAUGAUGUUCAUUCGGUAGGGAGAUGUAAACGAACAAAGAGAGGAAAGGAGAUGAAUGGAGAAGAACGGAAAAGGAAGAACAAAGAAGCCAAUGCCAAGGUCGCACACUUGUGCAAGACGUGCAAGCAAAUAGCAUUCACGAUAGUCGCAACUGUCCAAGCAAAAAAGGCCAUGGAGAAGAAACCAUGA